AUGGAUUCAUCGAAUAUUACGAAUCCGCCUCUUCAAAAGAGACUGGAUUCGCGAAUCCCAAAAUCCUUCCCGUCGGUAAAGUCUGGCCCUGCCCCGAGACCGGCGACAAGAAACCACUGCGCCACCCCACCCAUUCCGCAUUGUCUUCCAGUUCGUUCAGGUCCUCCUCCAUGUGCUAGUGCUCUCCCCGCCCCUCGUGGUGCACCCCCAGGGUGUCCGGGUCUCGCUUUUCGCGCCCCUCUCUACCCGACGGGCGACAACGUCCGCGGGUCGUCACCGCCCAUCGCCAUCCCGUCCGCGUGCCUGCAGUUUUGCGCCUCCGCUUCGAAGCCACUCCGAACCGAUCACCGGCCACCGGGCGGGCUCCCCCUUUUCUUUUGCGCCGCAGCCGUGCGCUGUCUUCUGCGUGCCGGAGUCGAACCAGACGGUAAGCCGGCAGUCAUCUCGCAUUUGAAUCUUCGGGCGCAUCUCGCCUGA